AGUUAACCUAUAUAUUGCAUAAUGGUCACUGCCUGGCUCACCAAGCAAUCUCCAAGUUCUAAUUGGCAAAAAGGAGGAGAAGCUCACUGUAGAGUGUAGAGCCACUUCGCAACCACUCUAAUUCUUAUAUUUUCUUUCUGUAUUAGCUUUCAGCAAUCACUAUGUCUUCAACUUUGGCUUUGUCAUCUUCAUCACCUCUGCUAUCAACCAAAGCUAGGUCUUCAAUCAAAACAUAUGUCACUGCGCCGUGCUCAGCCACCUUUCCUUCGCGGUUGCAUAGGCUGCCCGUGGUGAGAGCUCAGGCUGGUGGAGAUGGCAAGCUGGACGUGCAAGUCAAUCAGGGCAACCAAGGAACUGAAGUCGAGAGGAGGCCAAGGAGGUUGGCUGUCGACAUUUCACCUUUUGGUUUAUUGGAUCCCAUCUCCCCAGUGAGGACCAUGCGCCAAAUGCUGGACACAGUGGACAGGCUCCUGGAGGACACUGUGACAUUGCCAGGCAGAAACAGAGCAUCAGGGGAAGUACGUGCGCCUUGGGACAUCAAAGAUGAUGAACAUGAGAUCAAAAUGAGGUUUGACAUGCCCGGCCUCUCCAAGGAGGAUGUCAAGGUGGCUGUAGAAGAUGAUGUUCUUGUUAUAAAGGGAGAGCACAAAAAGGAAGAAAGUGGUGAUGAUUCAUGGUCGAGCAGGAGCUUUAGCUCCUAUAAUACCCGCCUUCAGCUUCCUGAUAAUUGUGAGAAGGACAACAUAAAGGCAGAGCUUAAGAAUGGUGUUCUUUACAUAUCCAUUCCCAAAACUAAAGUUGAACGCAAGGUCAUUGAUGUUGCUAUCCAGUGAAAGCAAGCCUUCUCUGUUUGUAUUCUGCUCUAGGUUUUGUGGCUUUUUAUUUUGUGUGUUGUUUUGGUCUCUUUCAUUGUGCUUUCUUGUAAUGUACAAAGUUGUUUCUAACAAAAUAUAAAUAAUAAACCCCAAUUAUAUAUACAUA